GGGUGAGGAGGUCUCGGGAUGCUGAUCCGACAGCGGCUGCAGCAAGGGGCGAAGCCGGGGGGCCGCAGGAGGAGGGAUGCUGCUGCCGGGCUCUGAGCCUCAGGCGCCGCUCAAUGAGACUCGGAGCCUCGUCGCGCCGGCCGCCGUCCGCUGCACAGAGAGCGCGCUGAGCUUCACUCGCACCCGUUGCCGCGGAGACGGACAUGUUCUGAGCGAGGCGGCCGACGCCGGCAGCAUGAAGGCGGCGCUCAGGAGCGGGAGGCGGCGGCGCUUCGGGCGGCUCUGCUGCUGCGGACUGGGCUUCGUGGCUCUUACCUGGAUCCUGCACGGAACAGACCCAAAGUCCAUCAGCUCACCUCCUCACGAUGAGUUCGCCUCCAGCUGGUCCGUGCGCAGGCUAAGGCAGGAGAGAGAUAUGAACCAAACAUCUGACCUGCCCCGAGCAGCCAUCCACGAGUUCCCGGCGGACAUCUUCACCAAGGAGCAGCGGCGACACGGUGCGGUGCUGCUCCAUGUCCUGUGUGCCAUCUACAUGUUCUAUGCCCUUGCUAUUGUCUGCGAUGACUACUUUGUUCCAUCCCUGGAGAAGAUUUCAGAGAACCUGCACCUGAGCGAGGAUGUGGCGGGUGCCACGUUCAUGGCAGCGGGCAGCUCCGCCCCAGAGCUCUUCACUUCUCUGAUAGGGGUUUUCAUCACGAAGGGAGAUGUCGGUGUGGGCACCAUUGUGGGUUCCGCAGUCUUCAAUAUCCUGAUCAUCAUUGGUGUGUGUGGGAUCUUUGCUGGACAGACGGUGACCUUGACCUGGUGGCCCCUGUUCCGUGACUGUGUCUUCUACAUCUUCUCUGUGCUUGCCUUGAUCCUGGUAAUCUAUGAUGAGAAAGUUAUCUGGUGGGAGACCAUAAUCCUCAUCUCCAUGUAUGGUAUUUACAUUCUGAUCAUGAAGUUUAACACCCAGAUCUGGGGGUUUGUGGAGCAGCGAUGUGUUGGUCCAGGACACCCCUGCAUAGUGAAUGGCAGGCGCCGUGAUGGAGCUGUGGGCGAGGGGGGUUCUAACUGUGACACCUCCAUGGUUCUACUGAGGAAAGGUAAUCGCUCUGGGCAGGAGUCUCCCGUCGUGAUGGUGGAUGAACUCUUCAGUCUGCACCCCCACCAGUUCUCCUUCUCCGAGGCCAGCCUGCGCAUCAUGAUCACGCAGCACUUCUCCCCUCGCACACGUCUCAGCAUGGCCGGCCGCAUGCUGAUCAAUGAGAGACAGCGACUCAUAAGAAACAGGAGUCCAGGAGGUAGCAGUGGCAGCGGAGCUGAAGACACCCCUGUGAAGAGAAAUUCUGAGGUGCAGGUGGGGUCCUGGGGAAUAGAGAAUGGGGGUACUCUUGAGAACGAGAGACAACCCCUGGAAGACCCUCGGGAGAGAGGGGAGGCAGGCAUGCUGGAGGGAGACAUGGAAGUGGAGAAUGUCCCACCUGAGGACCUGGAGGAUGAUGAAGGGGAUGAGACAUUCAGACCCCUCAAAAUUCCAGGGGGGCACUGUGACCGUGUGAAGUGGCUAGUGUCCUGGCCCCUAUGUCUGCUGCUGUACUGCACUGUGCCCAACUGUGUGCACCCACGCUGGCACCGCUGGUUCAUGGUCACCUUUGUGGCCUCCACACUGUGGAUUGCCAUCUUCUCCUACCUCAUGGUGUGGAUGGUAUGGGGGACAUGGCGGUGUCCAACUCCAUCGGUAGCAAUAUCUUUGACAUCCUCCUGGGCCUGGGCUUCCCCUGGGCCCUGCGUACACUUGUGGUGGAAUAUGGGUCCAUGGUGUUCAUCAACAGCAAGGGGCUGGUGUACUCAGUCAUCCUGCUGCUCGCUUCUGUCUUUCUCACAGUGCUCAGCGUGCACUUCAACCACUGGAAGUUGGACCGGCGUCUCGGUCUGGGCCUCAUGCUGCUCUACUGUGUCUUCGUGCUCUGCUCCGUAUUCUUCGAGCAGCUGUAGAUCCCCGGUGACCAAUGGAAGUAUUAGAGGCCCAAGCACACACAUACUAUACAGUGGUACCCUGCACUAUUGUCUCUUGAAGAACUUGUGUUGUUUCUUCAUUUCUCAUCCUGUUGAGUUUAGCCUUUCACAACGGUUUUCACAAUUAUACCACGAUUUACUAGGGUCUGAUUCAUCAAGUUGUCUAUUGCAACACCUAGUUAGCAGAUUCUAGAUGUAUUAAAGCUCUGGUUCAGGACAGAGAAUAACUGAAGUGGUUCGAAAGGAUCCGUCCUAUGUGGCUCUGAGCUGCUUGCCCAAAUGAUAAGCUGUCCCUUGUCCUGUGACCUGGAUGUAGGUGUAGACUCUAGGAUUUUAAACCGUUAUAUUUUCUAUGUAAAGGUACAAAUGGCACCUGUAACUGUAGCAUCAGGUAUUGUGAGGUUCCAGAAGACCUGUGUGUACUCUUUUCUCUUGUUUACCUAAUUGAGGAUGAUGGCUGGAGCCAAACCACACAUUACACACAGCUCAUUGCAUUUGGCACCUGCGGUGUAGAGGGAUUGCAGUGUAAA